AUGGUUGGGUCAUAUUCGAAGAAGCGCAAGGUCCAGGAUGGUAUGCAAGGCAAGACCAACCGGCCAAAGAAGUUUCGCAAGCAGCGCGAGUAUCACAGCGGCUCUGAGGAUGAGCAGGACGAUGAUCAGAGCACCUUCAAGCCUGUCAAUCUCGCCGAUUCCGAUGAGGAAGAUGGAGGUGUUUCCGUGAACAAGAUUCCCGUGAGCAAGACUCGCAUGAACAAGACUGUUACUGCGCAGGCUCCCAAGAAGAAGAUCGCCAAGUCGACACCUGCACCCAAGCAAAAACCUGCCGCCGACGAGAAGGAAUCGAGCGAUGACAACGACGCCGAGGACGAUGACGCCGACGAGGAAGAGAUCGACAUGUCUGGCUCCGAAGAUGACGAUGAAGUUUCCGAGGAUGGACAAUCGACGACCGGCGGCAAGCGCCGUGCUAUCCCCAAGCGCAACGAUCCCUCUGCAUUCUCUACAUCCAUCUCCAAAAUUCUGUCCACCAAGCUCCCAGCCUCCGCCCGUGCCGACCCCGUCCUUUCCCGAAGCAGAUAUGCUGCGCAUCUCAGCAGUGAAUGGGAGAAUGAGAAGCUCGACAAUCAAGCUCGCGCCAAACUGCGCGCCGAGAAGAAGGAGGAGUUGGACCGCGGCCGUGUUCGUGAUGUGAUGGGUAUUGAGAGAGGCCUGACGGGUGAAGUUGGAGAGGAGGAGAAGCGUCUGCGCAAGACAGCGCAACGUGGUGUUGUUAAAUUGUUCAAUGCCGUGCGUGCUGCUCAGGUCCGUGGUGAAGAGGCCGCCCGAGACGAGCGCAAGAAGGGAACGGUUGGUAUGGGAGAGCGGGAGAAGGCUGUGAAUGAGGUCAGCAAGCAGGGUUUCCUUGAGCUGAUCAAUGGCAAGAAGGGAAAGCCUUUGAAUAUCGAGGAGGCUUAA